AUGGGGGCUUACUGUGUUAAGAAUGAGUUUCCUAGGCUGUAUAGUCUCUCAACUGAAAAGGAGGUGUCUUUGAGAGUGGUGUCACAUAGGAAUGAAGCCUCACCCAGGUGGAUUUUCAAGUUUAGAAGAAGGUUAUUGGGUUGGGAGAAUGAUGAGCUUACAAGGUUGAGUACCUUCUUGGAGCAGAAUUUGGUUGGCCUAUCGGAUAGGGAGGAUCGUCUUGGGUGGUUGGCAUCUCCUUCUGCUGAGUUUUCGGUCUCAUCUCUGUAUUCUUUGGCUUUGCCCUCAGCUCCAGUACUGGUAACAAAGUUAAUCUGGAAUAAAUUUUCUCCCCCAAAGGCUCAAUUUCUCGUCUGGCUAGCUUGGAAGGGGAGACUAAAAACAGCUAGUUUUCUACAGAGGAUAGGUGUGUUGGAACCGGAAGCAUCUGCCAUGUGUGUGUUUUGUCAUGAAGGGCUUGAAUCUGUAUUUCAUCUUCUUAUAUGGUGCCCGUUUGCUUGGAGAAUUUGGUGUGAUCUGAUGCAGUGGUGGGGAUUGUCUUGGGUAAUUCCACAAACAGUGGAAGGGAUUCUUAAUUGGUGGAGGGGCUUCAAGUGGAGGCAUAAUCUGAAUGUGAUCUGGCGAAUUAUACCAGUUGCGGUUUUGUGGUCGUUAUGGAAAUUCAGGAAUGAGAAAGUCUUCUGUGAAAGUCAAAUGCACUUGGAGGAGCUGUGUGAAUUAAUCAAGACAAGGAUCGCGUUGUGGGCCAAACUCUAUACUCUAGAUUGCUGUUACUCAGUGCAGCAGAUUAUCUGCAACAUUCAGGAGAUCCGGCUGGGAAAUGGCUAG